CUUAGUAAUUUGCAUCAGUGCUUCGUUUGAAUCGGAUCGUGGAUAAAGUAUCUACUUACUUAAUAAUUAUUUUUAAAAUGACAAAUUGUUUUUAUUUUAAAAUUAUAUUAGUUUUCGUUGUAAUAUGCGCCAUCAUCUCUGAAAACGAAAUGUAUUUACUUAAUUUACCAGAAGGUAAGUUUUUAUAGUUUGAAUAUUAUAAUACCACUGACUAAUUAGGUAUGUUACCUAAGUUCAUUUGUUUAGUUUAAUUAAAUUGCACAAGAUAUCUACUAUUCUACAAUAUCUCCAAAAAGGAAGAGAAAAUUUAUUUUUGAUAGAUGAAAUGUAGGUGCACGUAUGACGUCAUAUAUUAUUAAAACUAUAUACUGCUCGAAAAUUGUUGCUAUCUACGUGAUAUUUUCAUAAUAUUUGUGUAAAAAUGCAUACACAGAUAGGCCUAUAUCUACAUUACUUUUUGUAUGCCUACCUAUUUUUCGUAUCAAAUUAAUUGAUUAUAAAGUUAUCAUUCCGUAAUAAAAUGCACGUUGUAAUUAAAAUGCGCUUUAUUUAAAAUAAUUGAAAUUCGAUGAUUUGAACUAAUAAUUUAGUACUCAUAAUAUGCAGUAGUUAUACAAAAUAUUUAUCAUUACAAAAUAUUCGUUUAAUUUAAAUUCGUAUUAUUCUGAAAAUGUAUAAUCUAACUUAGUUAGGUACUCGAAUUCAUUUAUAUUUUAAAAUUAAUUUUAAUUUAGCUUAGUUAAUAAUUUUUUUUUUUUUGGUGAACUUUACUUAAACUAGUAAAAAAAAAUAGUUGACUUACCAACUUUGGAUGAUUCAUUCGCGUUCCUAUGUGUCCUAGUGUCUGGACAAAAACAGUUUUAAAGUUUUAUGAAAUUAAUAAUAUUAUUAAUUGACCAUACAUUUCCAUAUCUAUCUCUUUGGAGAAGGGCGAAAGUAUUUAUGGGAUGGGAGGGGGCUGAAUGGGCUUCACCUCUACCCAAAUUUCAGGAAAGCUGAUUUUAAAAUAGGUGAAAAUACAUCUCGGCUCAAAAAAAAUGUCUAAAUGCGCUCUUACCUUUGCCGAUGCCAUUGGUCUUAGAAUGGGGUGGUUAAAAGUAAUAACAUAAAGUAAUAAUUACCAAAAUAUAAAAUAAGGAUUAAGGAGAUAAUAAUCAGGCAAAUGGAAAAAAAUUAAACAGAUCACAUUUCGGCUCUCCUAUUUUGAAGUGGGCAUUGAAAUGACGCGAUCACGAAUGUUUCUGCAACGGUUAAGUUAUGAACGUAGGUAUAAUAUUGGAUUUCAAAAUAUUUUAAUAUUGGAAGUAUAACCGUAACAAUCUAUAAUCAGAAAUAUAUUUAAAUUUUAGGCAUCCAUUUGGUUACUUUUGCGCCCUUUCGUAAGAACAAAUUUAGUACAAACUUUCGGAAAAAUUUCAUUGCUGUGUAAUUAAAGUUAAACACAUAUACACAAAGUGUCCACCGUGAUCAACGGAUUUUUCUAUCUCUGUUAAUAUCCAAUUUAUUUCAAAAAGUGAACAAUUAAAAUUUUUUUUUUUUUUCUUAAUGAUUAACGGGUGAUAAUAAAAAUUUAGUUUUUUAUUUAAUAUAUCUUACCCGAAAGGAAAUCAUACGAAAAACAUUUUUAAAAAAGUACGAGUAUUUAUAGAGGAUUGGAAAAUUCAUAGAAUACAAUGGGUCACUCUACAUAUACAAUUAUUACUGGUAUUAUAUACUAAAAUAAUACCUGUGUAUAAUAUGGAUUUGUAAAUAAUUUAAUAAAAAAAAAAAAAAAACCAAAAAUGCCCACUAGGCACAACUUGUCAGAAUGGCAUAAACAAUUCGCCGGACUACGUCUGCAAGCUGAUCAACAAUUGUUCGACGGUAGAAGGGGACAUUCGAGCAGGGAAAUACCCGGCGAUAUGUUCGUUCAUUGGAAACGACCCGGUGGUCUGUUGUUCGCCGAGCACGAGCGGCGGCACUGCGUCGGAAGGACCGCCCGCAAUCUUACGCCCAGUCGCGAAGUCGUAUUCCGCCCCUGAGAGUACGCAAAAUAAUUGAUAAUUUUAUUAUUACUUACUACUAUAUGUUAUAAUAAUAUCCACGCGACAUUAACAUAAGAGGUAGCUAAGGUGUGGCUUCGACAGUCGACAAAAUGAGAGAAAAUAGACUUAGAUGGUUUGGGUUGUUGCGAGGAGACAGGAAUCAGAAGCAAUGAGAAUUGUAAUACGUAGGAAGAAAGAGCGGGAGAGAAAGACCGAAAAAGAUGUGGUGGGCUACGAGGACGAUGUGGAAGAUCGGAUCGAGUGGAAAUUUAAGACAAGAGUGGCCGAGCCCAAAUAGUCGGGAUGAAGGCGAAGGAUAAGAAGAUCCAUGCGAUAUUAAUGAUAUAUGCCUAUUACGGUAUAAAACCGGGCGUUUUUCGGGAGGCGGACGAUACAUUUGAAAAACAGUUUGUAUGUACGAGGGUGGCUCGAGUGUUAAUAAACAGAUAGGUUGAUAAACAGAGGUUUGGUAAACAGGUAGGUAGGUAAUUAUACAACAUUAUAAUCAAGUGUCUCUCUAGAUUCUAUAGAGUUUAGAAUAUUAACUAUACCCAUAGGUGAGAACUGCCCAUUAUUUUGGAAGGGGUUGAUAUUUUAAAAUAGUUUAUAGCACUUCAAAGCUCAUCACAUGCAGCGCUCACAGAAUGCAAACAUCAUCUUACUUUAAACACAAUGAAAAACCUAAAUGUGAUUUAUUUUAGACAUCUUAUACAAUACAUAAUACGGGUACUUAUACAAAAUUGUAUAUGUAUCAAAUUAUUAGCAGUUUUGAACUAUUACUUUAAAGACGUACGAAAUACAAGUUGAUGAAAACUUGAUUAAUCACCAAAAUAAUUUAAGCGAUAUCAGUUAGGUCAUUUUAAUAACAAUAAGAAUUUAACCUAAACUUUUAUUUGAUAAUUAAUCAAUUGCAAAAGCCAUUACGGAAAUGAAAAAAAGAAAAUCAGCAGGCAAAGAUGGCAUAUAUUACCCAGAGUUCCUUCACCAUCUGGGGUCCAGAGCUACUAAAUGGGUUGCCGAUGUUCUCUUUCAAAUUUUCUGUUCAAGAAAAUCGCCUAAAAUAUGGAAAUAAUCAAUUGUACUGGCGAUUCUCAAAUCAGGCAAAUCCGGUGAAAGCCCGGAAAGUUACCGGCCUAUAUCUUUACUAAGUGUAAUGUCAAAACUCAUAGAGAGAGUUAUCCUGAAACGAAUAUAACCCAUUAUUGGAAAAGCUAUACCCAGUUACCAGCAGGCUUUAAACGCUCAAGAGAUUGCUGUGAACAAACACACAUUGAAAAAUGCUUUAAUGAUCAUCAAAAAGCAGAAACUGCUUUCAUCGAUCUUAGCAUUGCUUACAAUACUGUUUGGAAGCAUGGGUUGCUGAACAAACUGACAAAAAUUAUACUUUGUAAAUGGUCUAUAAAAUGCAUAGAGAAUGUUUUGAUCAGCAGAAGAUUCUACACUAUAAUGAGAAACCAAGAAUCAAAACCCAAAACACUGAACUACCGACUGCCACAAGCGUCAGUGUUGGCCCUAGUUUUUCUCAAAGGUGACCUAGUCGACACUAAAUCAAGAAAGUUUGCAAACGCUGAUGACCUCUUUUAACACAAUAGAAACAUCCCUGACAAAAGACUUAAAGUCUUAUUACUAAAAAUGAAGAUUUGAAACUAAUCUACGUAAAACUGUAGUGUCGCCGUUCACUUCGAAUAACAAAGAAACCCAUCAGCCAUUGAACGUAAGCUUCUGUGACCAACUUAUACAAAACGAAGUGACUUUAGACCACACACUUGCAUAUUACAUAUUAUUAUAGGUUAUCUACCACGGUGUAAGAAGAACUUCUUUUAAGAUCGUGAUAUCUACCUACUUAAUGUUUUAUUUAUUUAAAAUCGAAUUCAAAUUGGUGAUUAAAAAAAAUGUAAAAUGAUUCGUGAUAUCGAAGGAUUGUUAUGUCUGUAUCGUAUACUGUUGACGAAACGCUCAGGCGGUUUUUUUUUAUUGAAUAACUCACGACACAUAAUUCUGGACGGCACAUACACAAUUAAAUUAAAUAAAACAACAUGCGUUAUAAAAACAAAUAAUUUAAUCAGGUUUUUUUUUUACGUAUAAUAUUACUUAAUACAUUUUAUAUUCUGAACGAAGCGAGGAAUGUAUUGGGUUUACAAUGACGUUUUUUUUUUUUAUUUGUAAACUACUUUUCUACUAUAAAUCUUGAUCCGGUAUAUUAAGUGUAGUACUUUUUCUAAAAGGAAAUUUUAUCUGGGUAGUAGUUUAAGAAGGUCAUGUUUUGUUCCCAGGCGGUUUUCAUAAUAAUUGGAAAAAACCGGGAAAAAUUGUAGGAAAACUGAACAAUUUACGUAAUGUAUUAUUUUCAGAUAUGUUUUUUUGUUAUAAUUCAGUUAAAAAUAUUUGUAGAGAUUUGAAAUUUGGACAAAUAUAAGUAUUUGUCUUUUCUAAAGGUAGUAAAAUGUUCAAACCAUUUUAGUUAUUUUUAAGUUAUUUAUAGACAUUUUAAUUUUUCUAGCUUUUUACGUAAUUUUUAUUCGGUGGUACUCUAUAGAUAAAAUGAUUAGACCAAACAGAAAUUAUUGGAAAUUUAACAGGAGGUUCACUAUAAUUCGUACUUUGAGGUAAAAAAAAAAAAAAUUAAGGGUAAUGUAGAUUUUUUUAAGAGUUUUGGUAUCGAAUUUUGACGAAAAUCAUAAAUAUUACGGCCUUUUAAAACAUGUAAUAACCGAACUCCGUUCAGAAUCGUUUUUCGUUAGCAAUAAUUAAUCGGUGUGUACAGAUAUACAUUAAAUUCCCCUUUAUAUGCUACUUUCUCAACUUUACAUUUACAACAGUGGCCCACCCAUCGUGCAAAGUAUGUCCGUCUCUUUUAUAAGUAUACACUGAUUUAUCUGGGGAAAGACUGUAUAUAAUUCUCUAAUUAAUGACUAAACAAAUUGAUUUUUAUUUGUACAUAAUGUAAACUGCAGUGUGCCGCCAAUACUCGGAAUUAUUAAAGUUCAAGUAUGACAGCGUACAUUCGUCCGUAGAAACGAAUUUUACGACGUCCGAACCCAAAUAUUUGAAUGCAUUAAACUGCCUUAACAAUAACAACGAGUUAUUGACUCAGCGGAUCGUCGGAGGUAAUGUCGCGAAGCCAGGGGAGUUUCCGUACAUGGUGAAAAUAGUUAUUUUUUAAUGGUGAUGUUGCGUAUUGGUUGGUUUUAUAAAGAACGGUUUUAUAUUCUGAUUUCAGGUGUUGUUAGGCUACGGCGGUCGCGUGAACGAAGAGAAAUUAUGGGGAUGCGGAGGUUCGUUGAUAAGCAACAGGUGGAUUUUGAGCGCGGCGCAUUGCGUGAUUAACUCGGGGUGAGUGUGUACGCGAUCGCGAUACACCGCUACAUAAAUAAACUAUAGUAAUUCAAUGCAAAAUUUCUAAGACGAACAGUGAGUUGGGCCCGUCUAGGUGACUUAAAAAUUGAAUCGGACACAGAAAACAAGAAUUCACGAGACUACCAAAUCGUCGAUUACGUAGUCUACCCCGAGUACAAUCGGUCUUACGUAUACCACGACGUAGCGCUGUUCCGUCUCCAAAAGGAUGUUGAAUUUUCUGAUUACAUUCGACCGGUUUGUCUCAACACAAACCGGUUGUUACAUUUGACCACGGCCUCGAUUAUUGGUUGGGGCAUGAUCAGAUCCAGUGAGUAUAAAUACCAACAAACUUAAUACAUUUCAGCCGUAAUAUUAUAUACAUUAACUAUGGUUAAUAGUAUGUUCUAUCAAAAUAUCAAGGCCGUAGUUUUUGACAAAAUUUUCGGGCGGUUUUCAAAUAAAUGAUUGCAUUAUAUUUUGUUACAAACAUAAUUAGCAUUUAUCUUGAAAAUAAUAAAAAAUACUUUUGAAACAAUUUCGAGGAGGGUUUGAACUAGAGGUCUUGGAUUUAAAACGUGAAUUAUUAUAUUAUUAUAAUAUUAUAUAAACACGGAGUCCGUGUACACGUAAAUGGGAAAUGUGUAUUAACGUAUAAUAUUAAUACACGUCAAUUUAAUAUCCGCGUUUUAGCGUUAUUCACGUAUUCGCGGAUAUCGAGCGAUCGUUAUAUAGUACCUGGGUACAACAGUGCGAAUAUAAACAGGGGAUAACCGAACUUAAUUAUGUAGAUUAUAUGUUAGAAAUUCGGUAUACUUGUUUGUAUUAAAAUACGUGAACGCGUAAACACACGUUUACACGGAUUUAUCAAAUUGACGGUUUUAUAAAAACGAACGUUAAUUUCACGUGAAUAGGUACGUGAAAGUGCGUACACGUGAACUCUAGUUUAAGGCCCAAAACGCCACUUAGAUACGGCCUUGAGACCUUGGGUGUUAAUAUAAAUGCCGACAUUAUUGGCGGUGAACAGAGGGUUUAGGCGGUGUUACCGGGAGUAUACCAUGAUGACGGUAGAUGGUACCGUUGGAGAGAAACAGGAACGAUGGAAAAUAAGGGUUAAAUCCACGGGAAUUUAAUUUGUGCCGGGUAUAAUUUCAGCUAGUGGGCAACAUGUAAACAUAAUCUAAAACUUUUUUCGUAUUCGUUCCUGAAUAUUGCGGGGAUGAUAAAUUUGAAUAGGCACUCAAUGGAUGUAGCAUAGGUAUAUUGGUAAUUUAAAAUAAAUUAGAAUUUUGUUUAAUUAUUAUAGAUGGUCCGACUAGUCCUGAUCUUUUACGAGCGGACAUAAGCUUGAUUACGAUUGAACGAUGUCAGAAGAGUUAUCCCCCGAAUCUUUAUGCGAGAGCGGUUCACGGGAUAUUCGAUGACAGUAUGAUAUGUGCAGGCGAUUCCAAAGAAGGAAAAGACACUUGUUCCGUGAGUUAAAUAAUAUUCGAUCGAUGUCGGUGUACCAGUAUCUUAAUUGGUCCAAAUAAUGGACGACUUUUAUUGCCGUCAUUUUACUAUGUAUUAUAUUCUUAUCUUCCCUGCAUAAUAUCAUAUUGCCUGCGGGGGCAUGAUUUCAAGGGCCAUUGAAGUAAUUAUUUUUCGGCGUAUCUAGUAUCAAUCCCGUGGGACAAAUGAGACAGAUUAUUAAUUUUUUUCUUUUAUUUGAGACCUAACCUAUUUGCUAUUGAUUUCAAUUAUAUUUAUUUUAUGUUCAAGACAUUUAACUCACUGUACAAAUGUAUUGUUGGAUAUCUAUAGGCUCAUUCUUUAGAACAACCCGGAUCAAAUGUAUUUUCGCUUAUUUGUAAACGCGGGAGAACAUAAUAAUUGUCAUAAGAUCAUAGUUCACUGUUUUGUGUUCUGUAAAUAACGCAAAUUGUAAAGUCAAUAUUACCCGUUUUAAAUUAAAUUUCUAAUAUGGUUUCCGCUAGUGUAUUGUCGUUAUAUUACUGAAAUCAUAUUUAAAGUGUGUUUUUAGUAGAUUUCAACUCCAUCAUUUUGAUUUAUAUUGCAUUUAUAUGAAGAGCAUCCUGGAUUUCCUCUUUAUUUUGAAAAUCGUCGACUGAAAUACUGGCCAACUUUAACCAAGAUACGCUUAUGUGUUGGUAUAUAUUCAUGAACGCGAAUACUUAUACCUAUACAAUUUUCCAGGGCGAUUCUGGCGGCCCAAUGCAAAUACCACACGAGAGAUAUUUCUGUAUGGACACUCAAAUUGGUAUUACGUCGUUUGGGGCAUAUUGCGGCAGCAAAGACACGCCCGGCAUCUACACGCGGGUGUCACACUACAUCGCGUGGAUCGAACCGAUUGUUUGGCCAAGAAGUUGAAUACGCUGUAUUAUCAAUAAUGUGCAUCAUACCUAACUAAUACUAUAUGCUACGAUAGUGUGUCGACAAAGAACAUAAUUUAUUCCUAUUCUUCUUAUAACCUUUCUGCAAUACAUCUGUAUUUUGGAGACUUACCUAAUCCAUUCGUGGUUUUUUCUAAUUAAAUAAUAUAUUACCCUUGUACUCCAUUAUAAAUCGUUCGGUGGAAUAUGCCGUCCCGUUUGACUCUUCACGUCCUCCUAUAUUUCUCUCUUUUGAGCUUAAUUGUUUUCCCCCUCACGUCUGGAAUCCCGUAAGGUUCUUUUUUUACUUGUAUUAUUUUAAAAUGUAUGUGUAAUAAUUAAAA